UACAGUUCACAUCCAGUAGUCAUGUCAGUCAGCGUCCAUGAGAACCGUAAAUCCAGGACCAGCACCGGCUCAAUGAACAUCUUGCUGUUCCACAAAGCCUCCCACUCAGACUGUGUCUUGUCUCACCUCAAUACUAUGAGAAAGCACUGCAUGUUCACUGAUGUUACACUUUCUGCAGGGAAUAAAUCCUUUUCAUGUCACCGAGCAGUGUUAGCUGCUUCCAGUAGAUAUUUUGAAGCCAUGUUCAGCAAUGGCCUUCGUGAGAGCUUAGGGGAUGAAGUUAAUUUUCAUGAUAGCCUCCAUCCAGAGGUGUUGGAGCUGCUGCUAGACUAUGCUUACUCAUCCAAGAUCAUUAUCAAUGAGGAGAAUGCAGAGUCCCUCCUGGAAGCUGGAGACAUGUUGCAGUUUCAUGAUGUCCGAGAUGCAGCUGCUGAGUUCCUUGAGAAGAACCUUUGUCCUUCCAAUUGCUUGGGAAUGAUGGUCCUUUCAGAUGCCCACCAGUGUAAGAGGCUUUAUGAGUUCUCUUGGAGGAUGUGCUUGGUCAACUUUGAGACAAUCCACAGGAGCGAUGACUUUAACAAGCUCUCGAAGGAUACACUGCAGGACUUAAUUUCCAGUGAUGAGCUGGAAAUUGAGGAUGAGGAGAAGGUCUUCAAGGCAGUUAUCCAUUGGGUGAAAUAUGACUUAGACAAGAGGAAGCCUUUUCUCCCAGAGCUGCUAAAGAACGUGCGAUUGGCAUUGCUGCCUUCUGAAUGCCUCAAAGAAGCCAUGGCCUAUGAGGAGCUGAUCACAGCAGAGGAGGAGAACAAGGAAAUCAUGGGUGAGGCACUUCAGUGCAAGAAGAAAAUCCUGCAGAAUGAUGGGGUGGUCACCAGUCCUUGUGCCAAGCCCCGCAAAGCUGGGCAUACUUUGCUCAUCUUAGGUGGACAGACAUUCAUGUGUGACAAAGUUUACCAAGUAGACCACAAAGCAAAAGAGAUCAUCCCUAAAUCAGACCUACCCAGCCCACGGAAAGAGUUUAGUGCAUGUGCCAUUGGCUGCAAAGUUUACAUUACUGGAGGGAGAGGCUCAGAAAAUGGUGUAUCCAAGGAUGUCUGGGUCUAUGACACAGUUAAUGAAGAGUGGUCCAAAGCUGCCCCGAUGCUUAUCGCUCGAUUUGGACAUGGUUCAGCUGAGCUAGAGAACUGCCUCUAUGUUGUGGGUGGUCACACCGCAGUGGCGGGGGUCUUUCCUGCUUCUCCUUCUGUUUCGCUGAAGCAGGGGGAGAAGUAUGAUCCGGUUGCCAACAAAUGGACCAUGGUCGCUCCCCUGAGGGAUGGUGUCAGCAAUGCUGCAGUUGUAAGUGCACGGCUCAAGCUCUACGUUUUCGGUGGAACCAGCAUUCACCGCGAUAUGGUGUCCAAAGUCCAGUGCUACGACCCAACCGAGAACCGGUGGACUAUCAAAGCCGAGUGCCCCCAGCCCUGGCGUUACACGGCGGCUGCUGUCUUAGGCAGCCAGAUUUUUAUCAUGGGUGGAGACACAGAAUACACUGCAGCCUCCGCUUACCGUUUUAACUGUGAAACAGACCAGUGGACACGGAUCGGGGACAUGACAGCCAAGCGGAUGUCCUGCCAUGCAUUGGCUUCAGGAAACAAGCUUUAUGUGGUGGGGGGCUAUUUUGGGACACAGAGAUGCAAAACACUGGAUUGCUAUGACCCUACCUCAGAUACCUGGAACUGUAUCACCACAGUGCCUUACUCCCUCAUCCCCACAGCUUUUGUUAGCACUUGGAAACACUUACCGGCCUGACAGUCAA